CUUAAAGACGAAAAAGGCAGAAGAAACGCUGUCAAUGUUGCCCUCCUCGGCUCCAUCCGUGAGCUCGGCCGGUGGAAACUUGAGAAACAGCUGAUUGCCAAAGCCUCCUCUUCUGAAAGUGAUGUGUGGGAGGUCAGUGCUGAACUUCCGGUGUCUUCGUCCUUUGAAUGGUCGUGGCUGGUGGCUGACGACAAGAAAGUCCUCUUCUGGGAUCCCGCACAGGACAGAAGGGCACGACUGUCCUACCACGAAGGGGUGAUGUAUGCAUCCUGGGGACGGGACCCCAACUAUUUUGUCUCCCACACCUGCGCCCUGAAGCUGGAGACUCACUACUGCUGCGAGGCAGGGGAAGCUCUCUCUGUUGUAGGCUCGGAGCCAUGUCUUGGAUCCUGGAAGUCCAAGAAAGCAUUAAUGGCUCACGAGUACCCGGAGAAAUCUGGCCACUGGCGGGCAAAUACUCUACUGGACGUCCACCGCGACUACCAGUGGAAGUGGGCGGUCGUCGACGUGAAGACGAGGAAGGUGAAGAGAUGGGAGGAGUGUUCCAAUAGAUUCAUCUCCACCAACUGCGAGCAGCUCUCCAUCCGGGCACCCUGGAACACGCCAUCGUCCACCUUGUCCCACUCCACCAUUAUCCAGGAGCAGACGAUCGACAUGGCCAAGGUGGCCAAGUUCUAUGAUGCCGUGGAGAACUGUGAUGAACUUGUGACCUCGGAGAUGAGUCACGUGACGUCUGGGUGGCAGUCACGACAGGAGACGAAGAAGAAACCAUUUGUCAUAACGGAAACUGAGAAAAUGGCAGCUUGGAAGCCAAAGAAACAGCGUGAACAGAAGCCAAGAAGUCACAGGUCAUUUAUCAGGAAGAUUCCUGGACUUGUGUGUCACGUGACCAACUCCCUGAGUGACUGUUACCACUGUUUGGAGUAG